UAUUUUUAAUCCAAAGGUUUCUGGUACAAAGACAUGUAUUUGUUAGUGUUUAACUAGAGCUGUAGACAAUCUUGCUGGUUAGCUGAUUAAUGUAAGAAGCAAACAAAAAUGCUAAUUUAAAUAACCCAAGGAAAGCAGCACUGGUUAAGUCUAGGGGAAGAUGGUAAGUUGUGAUUUCAUGAAAAUUCAGUUAAUAGAAAUUUCUUCAUUCUCUUUUUAUUGGUCAUAAUGUUUUGGAAGUAUUGUUUCAUUUUUGUGGAAAUCCUCAAUAUAUCAUCAUCUUUGAUUUUUUUUCUUAGAGAUAUUUAAGUGCUUGCCUCUAACUUUGUCUUUUCCCUAAAUACCCAGAGUAAUUACUUUGAAUCUGAACGUAUUCUGUGGGGUUUUUAAAAUAWAUAUAAUGGAGAGAUAGAAUUACUGCUUAAAAUCUCUAACAAAUUAUGGCUUAAUAAAAUGUGUUUAAUCAACGUGGAUGAAAUUGAAGCAAUAUAAUAUGCAUUGUUUACUUCAAAUUUGCCAUCUUUAAUGUUUAAUGUGUUUCUCAGCAGAUGUAUUUCUAUCUAAGUACAUUUAAAGGGGUUUAUCUUCACUGUAUAAAAUAGUUCCAAUCUUUGUGUCAUCAAGCAUAUUGCAGUUUUCUAGGGUUUUGUUUAAUAUUGUAAUCUUGUUUUUAAGAUGUGUUGAUUUUUUUUAAUGUAGCUUUUGCAUCAUUUCAUACUGAGAUUAAAAAAAAUCGUCAGUCACUGUUACACUGUAUCACAAUAGUUGUUACUAUGCCAGAUGAUGUCUGUCUUAAAACUGAAAACAAAUGUAAAAUAUGUUAACAGUAGUAAUGAAGUGCCUAUAGCAUUUACAUUGUUGUGGAGUAUUUCUGUUUGUGUAAAAGUAUUCCCAAAAUUUUUGCAAAAAAAAAUCUGAGUGGAUGUGGAAAUAAAUUUUAGCUGUCACAGUCAAACCGUAUCUUACCUACCACCUAUUUUCUCUGCCCAGAUUUGGUCCCAKGCUUCAUCCUGUGACCUCUGUUAAUGCCAUCAGUCCCAUCAGAGGACUUUCUUAAUUUUUCUUUGGUUUAUAGGUGAAUAUAGCAAGUACCAAACCCUGCUUUUUAGCUUGUGUCGCAUGCAUGGCAGAAGUAGCUGAGAAUUAAGUUUGGGAGGAAUUUUUCCAAAGUGUCAACUCGAAGUGGUGUUGAUACAAAUGAGGUAUUGUGAAAGUUAAUGUUGAAAUCAAAGCAGCUGAUAUUUGUGUGUAUCUAUUUGCAUAUUACUUUGUUGCAUAUUAUCAACAAGUAUCUUUUUGACCAGUAAUUGAAGUUCAGCUAGAACAAAAGCUAAUGAAUUUUAAGUGCUGCAUAUUUUCUCUGUGAUUUAGAGAUUAGCCUAAAUCUCCCAGUCUUUCUGUGAGCUUUGCACCAGAGAACUUUUCUUUUCCAAAUCAUAUCCUGAUACGUCAUUAGCAUGGUUGUUAGUACAUCCCUGUUUUCAGUUCUGUUAUUGUUCACCUCUUGUACAAGCAAAAUAAAUCAGUUUUGUUUCUCACCCAAACAUACUGUGUUAUGAGCAGGUAACACUAUCUUAAAUAGYCAUUAUCAACUGAUAGGUUAAUGCUGAUCUACUUUUCUCCAGUGCUGGGCAGAUUUGGAUAAGUCAGCAAGCAGAUCUCAAAAGUGACUGGAGUGAUGAGUAGAUGUUGAAUGAUCAUAUUGUUUCUUUUGCUUUUCAUGAAGUUACAUGCUUUAGAGAAAGUUUAUAUUCCAUAGAAAGUUGGAAAGAUUCUAAUUAAUAGAGUAGAAUGGUCUUUGGAGCUGUAAAUGUGUCUGUCUUAUGCAGUGCUGUAAACGUUAGGUAUUUUCUUGAUUUGCUUAGGCAUGCAAAUGACUGCCAAAACUGGUAUAGGUUUGAGUUCAGCUUUAGGACCCCAACUACCAGCCAUUUUUCCUUCUGCUCUUUGAGCUGUGGUGGCAUUCUGGAUAAAUAUAAAAAAGACCCUACUGAACCUUAGGAAAUGAAAAGCUUUAUAAAAAUAAAGGCUGAAAUUAAAGCUUUAUUACCUCCUUUAAAGCCUUUCUCUACUAGGGUAUUAGAAGACURUGUUGCAGUAGGCACUGUUUUCAGGACAGCUACCUGCAGAGUUCCCCAUUUCUUCCUUUAGCAGUUUUCCGUGUUGUCCAUGCUGCUGGCUGCUCUGUUGAGCCUUUUACGUAACCUUCUCCCGCCCUGUGCUUGCUCUCACCUGGCAGAACUGGCCAGGCUUUCAAGUCUCUGCCUUGGAGUUCUCCCCAUUCUCGUGCACAUGCAGCAGUUGGCAUUGGAUGGCCCUCUGCAUCACACCUAGAAAAACACACCUCCAAGGGAAUUUUGUACAGUACAAGCAUGAGUUUUAUGUCAAAGGGAUUCAACUGGAUGGGAUUAAGCAUGUAAGAACAAAAUACUGCAUGGUUGCGAGUGGCAAAAAGCAGCCAAGAAGGGCUUAAUACUUACUGUAGGGAGUCUGAAAGGUGCCUGUUACUACUCUUGAUGUUUAGGUUUUGCAAUUCAGCUCUUCAGCUUGCUAUUAGAUUGUGAAAAAAUAAGUAAGAAGUUGACCUUGACCUCAAGAGUACACCUUGACCCCAGUGUUACUUCUUUUCUUGUUCUCAUAAUACCUUCCUUAUAUUUAAGUAAAGUUGUAACAGCCAAAUCACCUGACCCUACAGCAGAAGGGGGUUUAGCCUGGUGAGUGCCACACAUAAUUUUUGUUCUUUGAAAGGAAAAAAAMCACCUCCUGGUAGGCAGCCAGCAAGUGAAGUCAGGUGGAAUUUGCCUUCACUUGGUUAUAAUCAGCUUUGUCCCUUUGUUGUUGUGACCUCAGCUAUAUGCUGUUGCCACCUUCUCAUCCCACCACUUUCUGCCRUAAAGCUCAGCAGGGAAAAUAAACUGAGGCCAACACAACAUAUGGAAGUGUCUUGGCAAAAUUUGGCUUGUCAUUUGAAGUGUUUCUCUUUUUUCUCUGGGUAGGAGAUGAAGUCAGAGCUGUGUUGUUUCAUAUAUAGGGAUCAUUAUUUUUAGACCAGCGGCAGUUCUUAGCCGCUGCGUGUAAUCUGCUCAGACAGCCACGCAAGGCAGCGGGGUUUGCAUGAACAGUCUGUGGGGCUCAGUCACUGAUGCUGAGUAUAAUUGAGUUUUGAAAGUGUCAAUGUUCAAAGCACUGAAUUGUGUGGUAGUUUAAAGCUCAGCAAUUCAUGUUCAUCUAUUGUCACGUUGUUUUAGGCAUGGCAGAUUUGUGAUAUUAGCUUUUCAUAAAACCAGAUCCCAAGGUACACAGUUAUUAAUCUGCUGGUGUUCUGUGUCCAUUGGAGGAGACGCAGGAAUGCCCUACUGACUGUGGCCAAAGUGCCCCUGAAUUGGAGAGUGUAUGUAUUGCAGAAAAGAAUCCCUGCAUGUUCCCAGCAGCCAGGGAUGGUGUGUGUAGAGGGAAUCUUGAUACAUUUAGAGGUUAUCAGCGCCCCUUCUGAAAACACCAGCUGCCCCACGUGCGUUUGGUGCUGCCUGUGGGAAGGUUUGCCUAGGAUGUCAUCCUGCAGCUAUACAUAGCAAACUCAAAGCUCCUUACAGAGAAACCUCUUACCAGUCACUUUCCACAAAUGGUGCCUAUACCUAAAGGUACUUAGUGAAAAUCCUUUAGAGGUAUUUAAUGCAAAAGCAGUUGGUCUCUCUGGUGUUUUUCAGAAACCUUCACACUGCUAGCAGGGAGAAGUGCAGGGCAGCUACCGCACAUUACUUGGGCCAGUUACUCAUUUUGUCUGAACUGGGCUCUGCCACCCCAGGGUUUUAUCAAGAUGUGUGACAUGGGGGGGCUCGACAACCUGAUUGCCAACACUGCCUACCUCCAGGCAAGGAAGAGUGGAGAUGCAGACGCCAAGGAAAUGCAAAAGAGACGUAGGAGCCUCUCACUGCCCAAGCUUGAGCAGUGCAAAGAGCAGAGAGAGUCCAUUGUUGCUGAUUAUGAUGACAUUUGUGAACAGCAGCCCAUUGGCAAAAGAUUCUUCAGAGACUUCUUAGAGACAGUGCCAGAAUAUUUGGUAGCUAGGGACUUCCUUGAUGAGGUGUCUAACUGGGAUUUGGCAGAAGACAAUCUCAAGAACAGUACCAUGGAGAGUAUUUUCACCAAUUUUCUUAAGCAAGGUGGGAAAAGCUAUCUGUCUUUCAUGAGCUCUGACUUGGUCAGCAAAUGCCAGGCAGCUACUGCAAAAGACUAUGAGAACAUCGUGCAGCUGGCCAAGAAUGAAACCAAACUCUUCCUUAAAGAGAAGCCCUUCCAGGACUUCCAGACCAGCCCCUUCUAUGACAAAUUCGUCCAAUGGAAAGUGUUUGAGAAGCAACCAGUAACUGAGAAAUACUUCUCUGAGUUCCGAGUGCUGGGCAAAGGUGGCUUUGGAGAGGUUUGUGCCAUCCAGGUGAAAAAUACUGGCAAGAUGUAUGCCUGCAAGAAACUGGAUAAGAAAAGAUUGAAAAAGAAAAGUGGAGAGAAGAUGGCACUGCUGGAGAAAGAGAUCCUGGAGAAGGUCAACAGCCCUUUCAUUGUCACACUAGCUUAUGCCUAUGAGACCAAAACCCAUCUGUGUCUUGUUAUGAGCCUCAUGAAUGGAGGGGAUCUGAAGUAUCACAUCUACAAUGUGGGAGAAAGGGGUUUGGAAAUGAAACGGAUCAUCUUUUACUCAGCUCAGAUCACCUGUGGGAUUCUGCAUCUCCAUUCCAUCCAAAUUCUGUACCGGGAUAUGAAACCAGAGAAUGUCCUCCUGGAUGAUAAUGGGAAUUGCAGACUGUCUGAUCUUGGAUUGGCAGUAAAAGUCAAAGAGGGAAAACCCAUCACUCAGAGGGCUGGGACAAAUGGUUACAUGGCUCCAGAAAUCCUGAAGGAAGAGGACUACAGCUAUCCYGUGGACUGGUUUGCCAUGGGGUGUACUAUUUAUGAGAUGGUGGCUGGGCGAACACCAUUCAAGGAUUACAAAGAAAAGGUCAAUAAGGAUGAGGUUCGAAGAAGAACUCUGGAAGAUGAGGUGAAGUUUGAAAAUGCGAGCUUUACAGAAGAAGCGAAAGACAUUUGCAAGCUGUUUUUGGCUAAGAAGAAAGAGGACCGUUUAGGAAGCAGGAAUGCAGAUGAUGACCCAAGAAAACAUAAGUUCUUCAAAACGAUAAAUUUCCACAGGCUAGAGGCAAACCUUGUCGACCCUCCAUUUGUGCCAGACCCAUCAGUUGUCUAUGCCAAAGAUGUUGCAGACAUUGCUGACUUCUCUGAAGUACGAGGAGUUGAGUUUGAUGACAAAGAUAAGAAGUUCUUCAAAAGGUUUGCAACRGGUGCUGUCCCUAUACCCUGGCAGGAAGAAAUCAUUGAAACGGGACUGUUUGAAGAACUGAAUGAUCCCAACAGAGUAGCUUCUGGAGGUUAUGCAAACGGAGGGGAAGCUAAGUCAGGAGUUUGUUUGUUGUUGUAAUUAUAUCAUUACCAAAAAAAGUAGUAACCACCUCAAAAGUUUCCGUAUUCUGACUGUUUCAGAAAUUCAGUACACCUUGUUUGAGAAGAACCAGCCAGUGUAAUGUGACGUUGACAGGCUAUGUAGGACCAUCAGCUGAAUAGACUGUUAUUUUCCUUUGCUCUAACAAAGGACAUAAUAUUUAUGUGUUAUUGGAGAUGUAUCAAAUGAAGAACCGUAUUUCUCCAAGAAGCUUAGAAUAGAAAUUCUGAAUACAAAAAGCAAUGACAGAGUGAAGAGGCAACAGCUUCUGAAAAUGACUGAUUACUGUUUUGAAUACAAUUUGUUGGUUUUCUUUCUUUUUUCUUGUUAUUUCUGCUAACAUUUGCUUUUUGUUCUACAGUUUUCAGGAAGGAUUUUUUAAUUUUCAAGUAAUCCCAGACAGUGGAGCUCAUAUACCAUGUCAAACUUGGAAUCUUCUUGGUUAGCCAGUCUGUCUGUUGAGUUCUGUUAGUUUUUGGGUGGUUUAUUGUAAYAUGUUCAAAUUGUUAUAAAAUAUAAAGAAGCUCUAUAUAUCACUAGAGAAUAAGAGCAACUGGAUCAAACUCUUUUCAAAGGUGAUUUUAAUGGAGUCAAGAUAAGAUUGCACCAAUUUAAUGGAAUAAAGCAUUUAUUUAUUAUUAUUAAGUGUAUUCUUUUAAGUGAUAAUACCAUAUACAAAGAAAAUUUAUUURUAAGUAAAUAUACAUUGUUUUUGGCAAUUUUAAACUUACAUCAGAUUUCCUGAUAGUUUUUCUGUAUUUUGGUGGUAAAGUAAGCUGCAGAUAGACCAAAGCAAUUUGUAACUGACUUUUUACAAGACAUUUAUUUCAGUGUAGUGUAGAUUUUAAUUCAAGUUGCAAACUGCAUUAUAUUAGUAAGUGCUGUAAYGGUGAAAAGGUUGUGUAUGCAAGUUGAAACUAUCUUCAACUGUUUAUUGAUUCAAAUUCUGAUAUAUUCUUAUUUUUCAAUUUUCUAACAACCUAAAUUGAAUGACUUGGGAACAUUGCUGUGAAUACUUGUUACUGGCGAAGCAUAUUACUCAUGAGAUGCCUCCUGCUGAUUUUCUGUGGUAAGAAAAUAGGCAGUUGUUCUUUGCACAACUUUUAAAACUGAUCUUGCUGGUCACCGUCAUCUAUCCAGCYAUAAUUUCCAUUGACUGAAGUGGAAGUUGAGACUACUUCAUUUCUGGGAGUCCCAGAGGCUGCAAAUGCCCCAUUUUCUGUUUUUGAUACAGCAAACCCCUGACUUAACUCAAGGACUUCUUUUAACUAGACACUGGGAUUAAUUCACACAUCUCUUUUAGAAGAGAAAACCUGUAGAYACAAUGUCUUUGAUGGUCGGGUCUGUCAUGUGCAGCACAUAGCUUUAGUAUUUAUUUAUAACCUAAU